GUCGUUUUUGGCGUCCUUCAUCAGACAGAAAAAUCGCAAAUCGCGAGUCGAGUAGAAAAAAAAUUCGACCAGCGGGAAGGCCCAAGUAACGACCCAAAAAUGGCGUCUGCCCCGCCGAUACCCACAGAUUCGUGGUACCUGUCUCUUCUAGGGAUCGCGGAGAGCUUCAGGACGGCCAGCCCGCCCAAAAUCAAGCACUGUAUCCACUGUUUACAGUCCAUUUUUCACUUCAAACCGCCGCCGAGGAUCGAGGCCCGAACACACGUCCAGCUAGGCAGCUUAUUGUUCACGCACACGAAGAACGUCGACCUGGCGCGGACACAUUUGGAAAAAGCGUGGGCCGUCUCGCAGAGUAUUCCUUCAUUUGAUGACGUCAAAUUUGAAGCAGCAAGCCAGUUAGCGAGGAUACAUGAAAAACAAAGCCAAUUACAUCUUGCGAAACAAAUUCUACGCAAAGCCAUCGGUAUUUCGCAGCAGUCGGCAUACUGGCACUGCCUUCUAUUGUUCCAGCUAGCACAAAUCCACACACACGAGAAGGAUUUCAUCUCGGCGUGCGAGCUUCUCGGCGUCGGCGCAGACUACGCAGUGGUUGCAAGCUCCGAGUACACGAGGGCGCUGUUUCUUCUCAGUAAAGGAAUGUUAAUGUUGAUAGACAAGAAGUAUGCAGAGGUGCAUCCUGUGUUGUCCACCUGUGGCUCCAUCAUUGACAACUACACCGGCAGUGACACGAAUAAGGAAUCUCUCAAAGUCUACUUCCUAGUGUUACAAGUCUGCCAUUACCUCAUGGCUGGACAGGUAAAAAGUGUGAAAACAGCACUGAAGAACCUCCAGCAGUCUAUACAGACGAUUACCAUGCUGCAUUCAGAUGACGAACCAAUCUCAAGUAACCCAGCGGAUCUUUUUCAUUGGUUACCGAAGGAGCACAUGUGCGUAUUAGUAUAUCUGGUAACGGUGAUGCACUCAAUGCAAGCAGGCUACAUGGACAAAGCCCAGAAGUACACAGACAAGGCCCUGCUGCAGAUAGAGAAGCUCAAGAUACUGGACUCUCAUUCCAUCCUGUCGGCGUUUCAGCUCAUGCUGCUGGAGCAUAUCAUCAUGUGCAGGCUGGUCAUGGGCCAGAAAUCCCUGGCUGUACAAGAGAUUUCCCAAGCGUGCCAGGUGUGCUCGCAGAACCCACGGUUACUCACCACGCACGGUGCUCAGCUACACACGUUACUGGGGCUUUACUCCAUGUCCAUGAACUGCAUGGAGAGUGCGGAGGCACAGUUCACUGCAGCUCUAGCGAGUACGACGCAAACGGAAUUAUGGCAGUUUGCAUCCCUCAAUCUGGCAAUAGUUUACCUCAGGUCUGGCAAUAGGCAACAGGAGUUAUUAACAUUAUUAGAGCGGAUCAACCCGGAGGUGUUACCCACAAAUUCACACAGCCUUCGAGCGGCAUCCUACUACGUCCAGGGUCUGCAGGCGUUCUUUCAAGCGAGAUACAACGAAGCAAAGAGGUAUCUGAGGGAAACGUUAAAGAUGUCCAACGAGGAAGACUUGAAUAGAUUAACGGCCUGUUCACUGGUGCUACUGGGGCAUAUAUUCCUCUCCUUGGGAAGCACAAGGGAAAGCAUGAAUAUGGUCUUACCAGCCAUGCAACUCGCUGGGAAAAUCCCAGAUGUACAUGUUCAACUAUGGGCUUCUGCCUUACUGAGAGAUUUGUACCACUUGGAGGGGGACCCGGUAAGAGAAAGGGACGGCUACCAGAUGCACACGUCCUUCUCACAACAGCUGCUCAAAGAUCACUUCCAAUCAUCUCAACAGUCAGAACACAACCUUAUACAGUGGACGGAAGGCCCCUGUCCGAUCCAUUUACUCCAGGGUGACGGAGCCAGCUCCAGCAUCUUAUAGCAUUCGCUUCCCACCCUGCAUCGGACCCCAUCCCCUCUGCUGAUUAAGAGAAAAAAAUACCCGAGAAAAAAAGUGUGCCAAUUCUUCUCAAGAUAAGAAUUAUUCUUUUCUUGUCCAUUUUUUUCUUUUUUUUGUUGACUUUUUCCCUUCUUUCCUAAUAAAAAUUCUAUCUGAAAUGUUUUGAUACUGAUGUAAAAGAACAACCCACAUUUAUAAAAUGGGGAUUUACAUCUUGUCCCCAAAUUCAAGUGAAUUUCCCAUUGGAUAAUUUUUUAUAUUGUAAUAGCAGACUGUUGAGGGGGCUAUUGUCAUCGCGCUGUUCAUGAAGGAGUUUCUCAUUAAACUCUUUGCAUUAUGCUUUGUGGUAAAUUGUGCACAGCAAAUAUUAGUUGCAUAUGUUUCGCCCCAACUAUAGCCUCAUCCCAACUAUAGUUCAGCAAUCCCAAGAAUAGUUUGGGCAGUCCCAAGUAUAGUUUGGGCAGUCUCAACUAUAGUUUGGGCAGUCUCAACUAUAGUUUGGGCAGUCUCAACUAUAGUUUGGGCAGUCUCAACUAUAGUUUGGGCAGUCUCAACUAUAGUUUGGGCAGUCUCAACUAUAGUUUGGGCAGUCUCAACUAUAGUUUGGGCAGUCUCAACUAUAGUUUGGACAGUCUCAACUAUAGUUUGGGCAGUCUCAACUAUAGUUUGGACAGUCUCAACUAUAGUUUGGGCAGUCUCAACUAUAGUUCAGCAAUCCCAAGUAUAGUUUGGGCAGUCCCAACUAUAGUUCGGGCAGUCCCAACUAUAGUUCAGGCAGUCCCAACUAUAGUUUGGGCUGUGAAGAUUUUCUCUUCUACUUUUUUGGCCCUUCCUGGAUGGUCAUUGACUAGGCGAGGGGUUUGAACCAGAUGGGAGAUAUUAUACAUGCAGGUCUCAACAUUUUUUUUUAAUAUCAAUUCCUGUUCAAAGUGACCGGGUUUAACCAUGCAGCCAUGGUUUAACUGUCUAAUACGAUAUGGUUUCUAGUCCUGACAAGACAGAAUUUAGUGUUGGCAAAAUUAAAGGCAAAAAAGGAUCAUUUGCAUUAAUCCCAAUGUUAACCUGCCACAUUAUUAUCAAAAUGCUGUCAUUCAGAAAAAACCUAGAAGUGUGGGUGAUUUUCCAACGAUCAGUGAUUGUUUUUCUUCAGAUCAAAAUAUCGUGCAUGGUUUUUCACUGUUUUCUCGAAAAGUGUAAUAUCCACUGAGCUACGAUUUCAACAGUUUAGGUUUUGAAUUCUCUUCUUUGGAUUUUGAGUGGUGUUAACACACAUGAAAAGCAAAUGAUCCUAUAUGCCUUUAACAUCUAUUGUAUUAAAAAACAAAACAAUGUGAUGAAAUCCCGUCAUUUUGUGCAGCCUUAGAAUACUAUCAGCAGGACCAUUGUUUUUGUCCUGCCCUGGGUCAUCAAAAUCAGCCGUAUCAAAGCCUCCAGAUCAGUUAUCAUAAUUGUCAUCCUUCUCACCGUAAGCAUUGAAAGUGUAAGACUUUUUCUAAAUGUCCCUUGCAAGUAUAUCUGGCUCGUAAACUUGUCUUUUGUCCUUUUUUUUUUGCAUUUUGCAUUUUCUUACCAAAAUUGCCACCCAAUUUGCCAUGGAGGUCAUUUUUAUCACAUACGGUCAUGGUGUGACAUAUAAAAACAUGCUUUUAUCUUGUGAUACGAUACUCGGUGUCUGUCACCCUUUCAAGUUUCAAGUCCCCAUCAGAUACAGAACCUACACGGACCAAUUUCUCUGUUUCCUUUCAAUGUUCAUGAUAUUGCAGACUGGCGGUGCAUAUUUUGAUAAAGAAUACAAAAAAAGAUAUUGAGCGACAGUCUGUACAAAAAUUGGGUAGGGAUUUUUUUUUGGGUGCAAAAUGCAGACUUAUUUUUGCAUCUUGGAAACCCUGUAUUUUCAAAUCUGGGUAAAAAUGAUCAGUUUGCUGAAUUUGGCGAGGCACAGACAUCGACAUCUUGCAUGAACAAAAUUCUGAGAUGAAUGCUUUAUAUAGCGCCCUCUGUUGGCAGAAGUUGGAAAGUUUCCCCGGAUACUGCUGUAGACACAGAACAAACUGCAACAAAAAACUUUUGCUGAAAUCCGAAGUUAAAAUUUUUAUUAAUUUGCAUGAAUAUUAGCGGUCCUCAUUGCUGAUGAUUGCAUUUUCCCCCCAAAUAUUAAAUUUCAAAUUGUAAAGGACUUUUUUUAGGGCAGGUUCAGAAAACGGACAUCACUGGAAACUGUGGAGUUGGAAUGAAUUUUAUACCAAAUAGUAUGAGCCAAGUUGAUUUCCAAGUUGACUCCUUAAAUGCUUUAUCCAAUUCAUUGAUCAUCUCUCUGUGAGUUUACUGGAAAUUAAAACAAAAAAAGGAUCUACAGUAAUAUAUUGCUGAUCUUUCUAUAAUAUUUUUUACAUGUUUUGUCGGUGACCUGCAGAGCCAUCACUGAAACAGUGAUAAGCGUUGAGAGUUUUUAUCGCAGUUGUCACAGAAAUACAUUUCCAUGGUUGAAGUGUAUAAUCACGCCUACUUGGGAUAUUUUCAAUCCUGUUAAAAAAAAUAUCCCUACUUUAUACAAGAGAGAGAGAGAGAUUUUUUUAUUAUUAGGGAAAUUAUUACAAUGAAACUCAAGAAGCCUUGGUAUUUUCUCACAGGGCCGAUAUUGUAAAAAAAAAAAUGAAGAGAAAUUGGGAAGACGGAAAACUGUGAGUUAUAUGGAGUCGUAGAUAGCUAAAAAACUGUAUGUAUGUAUCUUUUAUAUUAAACAAAUACUUGUGUAUUAUUUGUCUCAUUAUCUUUUUAACUUAUUGCUGUGGUAUCACCAAACGAUAUUGCUGCGGGAUACAUGAAAUAUCCUGCGGUGUGUUUUUUCCUGUACAUUUCUGUAAAUACUGUACAUUAUCAAUUUUGUUUUUCUUGGAGAUACAAUCUUUCAGAAAUUGGUGUCUGCGAGCGUUUUAGUUUUACACAAUUUUUUUUUUAGUGGUUGUUACAUUUUAGUACAGAUUUCUAAAGAAGUCAUUCAAGGACAUGUCCAAGUUAGUUGAACCAGAUUUUCCGUCACGUCAGUAUUUUUUUUAAACAACGUUUGUCUUAUUUAUGUUUUUCUUUUUUCUUGAGUAUAGUUGUAAUGUCCGUUUAUUAGCACACCGAUUUUGAAUUGGACAGAAAAGUGUAUUCAUCAGAUAUUUUAAUGGUGACUAAAAAGUGCAUUAGCUGUCCACCACAAUUAAAGAAAUCAUCUGAAUAAGUCCAAAGGCUGAUCCACGGUAGGUUUUUAGGAUGGCUACCCCCCCCCCCCCCCGACUAAUGUUAAUUACUUACAUAAUGGGGAAAAUCCCAAAGUGACUUAAGUUACUUGUAUCAUGGCAUCACUCAACAUUGUAAAUCUUGAUUCAUUGAUUCAGGCAAAUUUUCGUCUAAAAGUUUGGUGUCAGAUUUGACCCAGAAUCCGGGUUCUAUUUGACCUGGAAUCUGGGUUCUAUUUGGCCUGGAAUCCGGGUUCUGUUUGACCAGAUACUUUACAGUGUCAAAAUGACACGUUCCUUGAUGUCAAAAUGACACCUUUGCCAAUGUUGCUGUGUCAAAAUGACCCAGAAAACGAUCCAGCGAUGUGUCAAAUCGGACCAUGAAACGUAUCAGGUCAAAUAGUAACCCGGAUUCCGUGUCAAAUCUGACCCAGAAUUCUUAGAGGGUAUGCGUUGACUGCAAUGUUUCAUUCACCCACCCUUGAAAAAUCUUAGACUCGACGCCCUAGCCAUCCCCUGCUGGAAAAUCCUGGAUGCACUAAAGGGUUCGUCCUCCAUCGUUUAGUUUCUACAGUAGUACUGUACUAUCAAGAAACUAAACGAUUGAGGACGAACCCUUUCCCAGCUUUUUGGAGUUAAACUCAGAUCUCGUUUUCUCCCCCAACGGAACCCACCGACACAGUAAUGGAAAGAAAGAAAUACAUUGUAAUUAUUUUGUAUUAAAAGGCACAAUUCGCGGGUGGUUCAUCACGCGUUUUCCAAAUUACGACUUUGUAUGUACAUUCGGCUACAUCUCUGCCCUCGGAAUAAUAUUUAUCUGCAAACAACUCUUGUAGUAUCAUGUCAAAUUAAAGUAACAGGCAGGAAAACGCAUUAAUGCAGGUAUGGAACGAAUAUCGUUAUUGUUAAAGCCUGUUUUGACCAAUCAGAUAAUUUGAAUUGUCCAGUGUAUUUUUGAAUGUCCGUUCACGUUUUGAUCAAACCCAUAAUUGGGCCUCCAACCACAUUUUAAUUACACCGAACCUGUGUUAUGUGUUUAGGCCCUGGAGUUUAGGAAGAAAUGUUUUUGUAUUUAUCAGUUUUUUUGUAAAUAAGUAAAUCAAAGACUUUUUAAUUUAACUGUUCGGGAUUUGUACUAAAAUCAGAAUUAAAAUUGGAAAAUUAUCUCGCACGAUCGCCGCUAACUGAUAAGGACAGCCUGUAUAGUUGUACAUGUAUAUUGGGAGUUUUUAACGAGCCUGAAUAUUCGAAUAAAACUCGAACCUAAAUAUGAAACC